CCACUCAAGUCCACUCUAUUCGUAUAUAUGUGCACAAGGACGACGGGUAUCUCCCCACAUCCAUUUUAAGCAAAGUCUUGCAUGCACGAGCUACAUGCUCGUGGUCCUUAAGCUCUCGGACAUUGCUUCUUGGGCGUGCCUCUUAACAAUCUCCCUACUAUAUUAACCAGCCGCACCGGGGACGACAAAUAGAGAGGUGAGAGACUCGCGAAUACAUAGGCGAGAGGGUGUCAUGGGAAAGCAGAAUGAGGUUGCACGGAGAUUCAUCCUCAUCUGGUUCAUCCUGGGGUUCCUAGUAGUGGAAGGUAGUAGAGGGAAGAGGUUUCUGAGCAAAGAUGACGAUUAUGACAUGGCCAAAGAGUUGCAAAGGAGGGUUCAGGAUCAGGAAGACGAUGCCUACAGAGCGGUGAUAGCUGGCAGAUUAGGAGGAGGCGGCAGCGGUUUUGGUGGUGGCUGGGGGAUAGGCAAGGGAGGUGGAGGUUAUGGGUCAGGUGGUGGUAUGGGCAGCGGCUACGGUGGUGGCUGGGGAAUAGGCAAGGGAGACGGAGGUUACGGGUCAGGUGGUGGUAUGGUCAAAGGCUACGGUGGUGGAAGUGGAACAGGGGGUUGGGGGGUUGGCAUGGGUGGAGGAAGUGGUGGCGGCUUCGGAGGUGGCGGAGGAUCCAGCUACAACAAUGGCGGAUAUGGCUACGGGGGCGGAAGUGGAGGCGGGUAUGGUUCUGGUGGUGGAGGGGGUGGUGGCUUUGGGGGAGGAUCUGGUUGGGGCAGUGGUUAUGGAUCGGGCUACAGCUCGGGAUAUGGAAGUGGUGGAGGCAUCGGCGGAUUCAGUGGAGGAGGAGGUACGGUCGGAGGUUAUGGGCCCGACGGAGGAUAUGGACCCGGGUAUGGCUCCGGUGAAGGCAAUGGAGGAGGCCCUUUUGGAGGUCCCGGCAAAAAGUACUGAUUCCACUUAGAUUUUUACUUUUAGCGGAGAAAUAAGGAUGACCAUUAGUGUUGCCCAACAUAUAUUUCGUCUAAUCCCCAUGGUAGUCUACUGCUAUGUCCUUCACCGCAACUGUGAGCAGAUAAAUCUAACCGUACAAUGUAAUCCUCAAUAAUUUUUAACGGUAAUAGUAUGCUAUCUUGACAAUACGAUGAACAUGUC